GGGAGUCGAAGAGAAUGCUAUCCAACAUCCACCUUUUUUUGUUGGCCUCACUCAGCUUGACCAGCAUUGCGGCGCCGGCACCGCACUGGAAGAGACCUAGCCUGCAUGCCCCGGCCGGUGCGAAAGCCAUCUAUCUCAUCACAAAUGACCAAUCGAACUCUGUCGUGGCCUUGCCUGUUGGGUCUGACGGGACACUGUCCAAAGGGACCCUGACUGCUACUGGUGGUGAAGGAUCCAACUCUAUCGAUGGAGCAACGAACCAACCAGCUGCCCCAGACGCACUGGUCGGACAAUCAGCGUUGACAAGAGUUGGCAAUAACAUCUUCGCCGUCGAUGCCGGUAGCAACACUGUCACCAUGCUGUCUUUGGAUCCCCAGAACCCAACGGCACUCACCGUAGUGGGACAGCCAGUAUCUCUGCCGGGUCAAUUCCCGAACACCGUCGCUGCAUCCGCAAAGAACAAGCUCGUCUGCGUUGGCACGACCGGCACGCAGAACGGAGUCUCAUGUUCAACCUUCUCGACACAAGGUCUCAGCCCAAUGGACGACUUGCGUUCAUUCGGCUUGAACCAAUCAACUCCACCCGUCGGCCCAACGAACACUGUCUCUCAAUUGUUUUUUGCCGACGACGAGUCCCGCCUCUUCGCCACUGUCAAGGGUGACCCGACUGUCAACAACACGGGCUUCUUCUCAGUCUUCCCCGUCGAAUCCUCAGAUUGCAACGGACCGGCGGCACUUUCUACUCAAGAUAUACGCAGCUCACCGUCAGGUACUGCUGUGCUAUUCGGAUCGAAGAACAUCCCAGGUACAUCAAACGUGUUUGUCACAGAUGCAUCGUUCGGUGGUGCCAUUCUCUCAGUCGACUCGGCAAGCAACGAAGUUUCCCUGGUCGCCAACCAGACCCUCGAUGGCCAAAAGGCGACCUGCUGGGCGACGAUAUCGCCGGCCACGAACAGCGCAUUCGUCACGGACGUCGGAGUGAACCGAGUUGUGGAGAUGAGCUUGACUGACGCGAGUAUCCUGGCCAUUACGGAUCUCUCGGCAAAUGGAGACCCCGGCCUCAUCGAUUUGGUGGCUGCAGGAAAUUUCGUGUAUGCAUUAUCCCCUGGAAACGGAACAACGUCAGCGGCCGUCACAGUGCUUGACGUGUCCGGUGGUCAAGGGACGGCCAAAAUGAUACAGCAUUUCAGUUUGGAUGGUAUGGGUGUCGGGAAGAAUGCUCAGGGGCUGGCGUUCCUUUGAG